AUGCCUUCAUUACGGUCUGCCAGCACCGAAAAGGGCCGGCUUGCAGAGCACUACAACGGCCUGGCUGCUGUGAACCACCAAGAUGACGACGCCAUCGGCGGUCCUGUCCGCAGCGAGUCCCUUAUCGGUGUGGAGAGCGACACAGAUGACGAGACAACGACUCGAGGAGGGCCGUCUUCGUCUUCGGGGCCGGCCGACCACGCGCCACCGAUUUACUCGGGGCCCGCAUCACCCGCGCACGAGGCUGCCCUCGAACGGCAAGAUGGCAGUGCUGCCGCCGCAGCCGUCGUGGCGGCCAAGAAACGCCCCUUUCCUCGAUACCCGGGCCUGCCGUACGUCGACUACCGCGUCUACUCGCCGCCACUCUUCGAUCUGUCUCUCGACAAGACUGUCCUCAAGUCGUCCGCGCCCUACCUGUCGGCCACCGCAUCGGCCCUCGCCAACCUCAUCCGCACGCAGGCCACUGUUCCGCCGAAGCCGUUGAUUCACAUCCAGGGCACCCGCGGCAGCAAAGUGGACUUUUCCGUCAAGGCCAAUCUCAUGCACCUGCUCCUGUCCGAGGACCCGCGGCGGCGGAUGAACUACGUGCGCUGCGUCGGCCGCGGCGAGCUGGCCUUGCGCGGCGGCAACGCCAACAAGCCGUCGGCCCAACCCGACAUCGAGAGCAGCGAUGCCGGCAGCGCCAUAGACGCCUGGUGCCGGCGCUUUGUGGAGGACCAGUCGUCCGUCAAGUCCUUUGUCUUUGAGCGGCAGGUCGCCAACAUGGACAUUGGCUGGCUCGAGGGCCAGAUUCGCAGCCUCGUGGCCACGACGGGCUACAAGGGCGUCGUCACUGUGACCUUCCCCGUGACGCAUGCGCGGGUGAUUGUGCAGAACCCCGACAAAGUCAACAAGUUCUUUACGUCCGUUGCCACUCUCUUCACCGGCAAGAGCACCUACGAAGUUGUCAAGGCCGUGUGGCCGUUUGCAACGCACAAGGCCGGCGACCCAGCUCGCAAGUUUGCUGUCCAGAGCGAGGAGAUGUGGUGGAAGGAGUGGCGCGACCCGAUCCGCUACGCGAUCAGCACGAAGCGCACCGGCUGGGUGACGAAUGAGGACAAGCUGGAGGCGCUCAUGGAGGGCGUCGGCCGCAACAUCACGACGGUUGAAUGGGGUAGCGAGUACAGCUGA